AUGUCUGUGUGCAGGUUCAUGCAGUGUGAGCGGCGCUGUGAUGAGGACGCCUGCUGCCGGGGAUUCGGAUUCGUCCGGGACACCUCAGCUAAAGACCUGCAGCCCGACCGGCUCCGCCUGGAGGAGCCAGGACUGCCGGCCGUCGGCCGCGAGGGCGGCGCCCGAACCCUUCGGCUGAAUUCCUCCGGGAUAAAUAUCCCCAAACCGCCCAAGCCUCCCGAUAAGCCCCUGAUGCCCUACAUGAGAUACAGCCGGAAGGUUUGGGAUCAAGUAAAAGCCUCCAAUCCUGAUCUGAAGCUAUGGGAAAUUGGGAAGAUAAUCGGUGGCAUGUGGAGGGACCUCACUGAUGAGGAGAAACAGGAUUAUUUGAAUGACUACGAAGCAGAGAAGAUCGAGUACAACGAGAGCCUGAAGGCCUACCACAACUCUCCGGCCUACCUGGCGUAUGUGAACGCCAAGAGCCGGGCCGAGGCCGCGCUGGAGGAGGAGAGCCGCCAGAGGCACGAGAUCCUGAGCGAGAGCGUGGUGCCGGACGUGCGCUCCGUGGUCACCACCGCCCGCAUGCAGGUCCUCAAGAGGCAGGUCCAGUCCCUCAUGAGGAAACUGGAGGCGGAGCUUCUGCAGAUCGAGGACCGCCACCAGGACAAGAAGAGGAAGUUCAUCGAGGCCACGGAGUCCUUCAACAACGAGCUGAAACGGGUCUCUCUCUCUCUCUUCCUGCCCUGCACCCGUAUGUGCUCCGUCUGA